GAACUAAAGUGCACGCCCACCGUAGUACACGAAGCACCCGAUCCACGCCAUCUACCCUUCCCUUCACCCUCUUGCGAUCAAAAAAUUCGAAACCAUAAACCUUUUCGCAGGUCACAAUCUCCGAUUCUCCAAUAUUUUUUUUCUUCAUAUUUUUGAAAAAAUAGAAAAUGUCAUGGCUGGCUCGCUCCUUCGGAAAUUCUCUCCGACUCGAUGGCGACGGAGAUCACGAAAACGACACCGUACUCGAUCGACCUACCACGUCAUUGAGAGACCCCCUGCAGCCGCAAGCACGAGAAAAUGAAUUCGGAUCAGAAUCAGAAGAAGAAGAAGACGAAGAAACGGAAGGGCGUGGAGUCAAAGAAGACCUCGACGAAAUCAAGCAAACCCUGACUCGCCAAUUUUGGGGAAUGGCAUCCUUCCUCACUCCGCCGUCAACGGAUUCUCAUUCUCAUUCGCUUUCUCUUGCGCAUACUCAAUCCGAUCCCUCUUCGUUUAACUCCGAUCAAUUCAAACAUCGCUCUUUUUCUCCGAACGAAGAACCGCAAUUGGACGAGGCUGCCGUUUCCAAUCGCUCUAAUUCGGUUUCGUUGGGAUCUGAUUCGGAAGGGGAUUGCGGUCCAGAACAACGCGCUGUUGGAAUCACGGAGGAGGUCUUGGCCUUCGCGAUGAACAUCGCUAUGCAUCCCGAGACGUGGUUGGAUUUUCCUAUUGAUGAAGAAGACGACACCGACGAUUUUGACAUGUCUGAUGCACAAAAAGAGCAUGCAGCGGUUGUUGAAAGAUUAACUCCUAGAUUAGCUGCGCUCAGAAUUGAACUAUGUCCUUGCCAUAUGAGUGAAAGCUAUUUCUGGAAAGUGUAUUUUGUACUAUUGCAUUCAAGGCUUAACAAAGAAGAUGCAGGGGUUUUGUCUACAACCCAGAUCACGGCAGCCAGAGCAAUGUGGAUGCAGGAAUUGCAUAAACAAACAAAGCCUGACUUUGAAAUUUUUGGAAGAAGUGCUUCCUACCCAAAAGACAACGCACGGUACAAUGAAUUAACUCCCAGCCUAUUAGAUGAUGCUUAUUCUGAUGACAUGCCUAAUCAGACAUAUGGAUAUAGAACAACCUCUUUUUCGGCGAGGACAGAUUAUGAGACUGAUAAAUACAUGGCUGAAACAUCUGGAACGCAUCUCACUGAUAAGUCUGUUAUUGAGGAAAAGUCAAUUAUUAAAACUGAUAACAAGGAUCCGAAAUGUGGUCGACCAUCUCAAAUUAUUAUUAAGGAUUAUGAAGAUGACGAUGAGUGGCCAGAGGAAGAUUCUGAUUUAGGAGAAUAUGGUGGAACAACUCACCCCAUAAUAAAUGAAGAAGACAUAUCCUUCAGCGAUCUCGAAGAUGAUGAUUAUGGCAUUAAACAUGUUACUUUAAGUACAGGUGGUUUGAAAUUGGUUUAAAACUUCAGUUCAGACACGACCGUGGUCAUUUUAGGUCCUGUAGAUCCUCACUCAGCACUAAGAACAGUUUAGAAAGUUGUCUAAUGUUUGGAAGCAAGAGUGCUGGUGUCUGGAACAUUCUUUUUUAUAUAAAGAAUGGUAAACGAAGUGAUAAAAUGCCGUGAUGCUAUGUGAAGCCGUAAAAAGAACUUGUUAAUCCUUUUUUCCCUACAUCUCUUUAGCCACAAGGCUAGGUUUGGGUUCUAAGUUGCAGGCCGUAUUUUGAAACAACUAAUGAAAAUGAAAGAGUGGAACUAAGACUGUGAUUUCUGUUAAUCCCUGUUCUUUUGAGAUUCAAAAUGAGAGUGUGGGAUGAAAUAUAUGCUACAAUCCGAAGGACAGCUCUCUUUCUGAAGGUACAUCAUAUAGGUGGAAGAAGUGUAUAUAAAAUCUCUCUUAUUUGUCCUCAAAAAUAGAUAUUGGAUUUUCUUGUGUAUUUUUGGCGGUUGUAGUGGGGUUUGGGAUGCUCUUUCGUUCCUUUCCAUUUUGGGUUGUUGUCCUCCUGAUUUGCCUUGCUGUGACUGUGUCUGAAAACAAUGACGUGAUUAUUUGAACAACUUUGAAUGAUCGGAUGGCAUGAUAUGAAGGAGAAACAGAAGGGUGUAAAUUUGGAAGGGAGAAUAUUAGUUUUUA